UGACAGUUUGAAGCACUGACCCGCUCUAGCCUACGCCUCUCGGUUUUUGUGUUCUUUGCCGAAGCUGAAAUUGUUCCAAGGCCGGAGAACAUCUUUGAUCUCUAUCCGCGGCGCUCACCAAGAACAUCUGUCCUGGCAACAUGGACGUUAGAUCAAAGUCUUCGACUGUCCUGCUCUUUUUUCUCGGUCUUCUGGUUAGGCACAUCAUCAGUGGAGAGAACGUUCUGUUAGUUCCUACACCAUGUGCUGAGAGCCACUGGUUCACGUUAGCGAACAUCGGACAGGCUUUAGUACGCAGGGGCCAUGUCGUCACGGUCGUUGUACCAGAAGACAUAGCCGAGAAACGACGAGCGGGAAGGCCUGAAUUCAAGUUUGAGACGUUCCGUGAGCAAGGAACAUUUGUAUCAUUGAAGGAAGCUGAGGACAAUCAUCAUUCAAAUACAAAGUCAGGGACGUCGAUCCUCCAGUAUGCACAAGGGUUUAUUAAUGUAACUAACGUAAUAACCAAACACUGUGACCUGCUACUGGGGGACAUUGACCUGAUGAGUCGGCUGAAGGCAGCACAGCACCGUCUUGUCGUUUAUGACUCCUGUAUUCCAGUCGGCGCCAUACUUGCAGCACAUAAGGACGUCCAGGUCCCUUCUAUCGCCAUGUUGCGUGGUGAUCAUUAUUUCCUUGACAUCAAAGCCACAGGUGUCCCGCUCCCUUUGUCAUAUGUGCCGUUUGUGGGCUUUGAUUUUACCGACCACAUGACCUUUGUACAGCGAAUACAGAAUGUUGUUUUCUACACUCUGCUACCCAUGUUGGGGCGUUGGCUUGCGAGUAACACGUAUGACGGACUGGUCAGUAAGUACGUAGGUAAAAACGAGACUAUCCAGAGCGUCGUGUCUAAUACCGACCUGUGGCUGUAUCAAACAGACCAUGUUCUGGAUUUCCCCGGUCCCUCCAUGCCCAACAUGGUUCGAAUCGGCGGGUUACAUGUAGGAGCAGCCACUCCUCUCCCUAAGGAAUUAGAAGUCUUCGUUCAUAGUGCGGGAGAAGAAGGGGUGAUUGUUGUCAGCCUUGGAUCAAUCAUUAAAACCAUGUCGUCGGAGAAGAGACAAGUUUUUGCUGCAGCCUUUGCCCGACUCCGACAGAAGGUGGUGUGGCGGUACACGGGGGAGAAGCCGGCUGGUUUGGGUAACAACACCAAGCUGGUUGCCUGGCUGCCUCAAAACGACCUACUAGGCCACCCCAGAACCAGAGCCUUUAUCACACACGCUGGGAUUAGAGGUGUGUACGAGGCCUUACAUCACGGUGUCCCCAUGGUCUGUCUGCCGCUGUUUUCGGAUCAACCCGGCAACGCCGCUCGAGUCGUGGCCAGGGGACUGGGGGUGAAGCUGAACCUCAGGACAGUCACUACUGACCAGUUAUACAAGGCCAUUAUCCAUAUUCUUACCAACAGCAGCUACCGUGAGACUGCAGCCCGCCUGUCCCGUCUGUACCGUGACCAGCCUCAGUCACCCAUGGAGCGGGCCGUCUGGUGGAUAGAACACGUCAUCAAACAUGGCAAACUGCCUCAUCUUCGCGCACGCGCAGUUGAGCUGCCGUGGUACCAGUACUACCUGCUGGACGUGACUGCGUUCCUGCUAGCCGUCUGUGCAGCUGUGCUGGGUACCGUGUGGUAUGGCUGUUCGUUCGUCUGUGGAAAGAUUACCUGUAAAACUGGAGUCAAGCUUAAGCAUCAAUAAACUAGAGUUCCACGACUCAUACACUCGCAAAGGGAUUUAAACUUUACAAUUGUAUUAUUUGUCUUCCCUAUGCAAAUAAUGUCUUUAUUCGUAUAAAGCAUACUAUUUGACCAUCACCUCCACACAAACAGAAGUACACGAUCUUAUCGAAAAAAUAAGAGCAUUCUAGCAUUUUCUGAUCAUUAAGCUAAAUGAGAUCCUUGUCAAAAUACAGUUAAUCAAACAACUGAAUAUGACUUUAGAAACGGUCAGACAUUUCAGGUAGUAAACACCAUGUUUUGUCAGUGGUAAUGAUCUGAAAGAGCUGAAGAAAAUGUUGGAUGUGGGGCAAGUUGGCCAAGUUUUAGCUCCCUAACAUUUAAGUUGGAAACUCCAGGGGCGUUUUUAUCAAACAUUCCAAAGAGGAUAACUGCAGAGAGAUACAACGGAACGCCACCAUCUAGGCAUACAGGUAGCUUAGACAAGGAUGUUUAUAAAAACAAAGGCCGGUGAUCAGAUUUAGGGGACACCUGGUAUGUCAUUUGCAUUAUAUUUACAAAGGUUUUCAAUAUUUCAUGAAGGUAUAAGGUGGUCAAAUUCUAGUUGAUACGAGUGUGACUUUAUCAAAUAUCAUAUAAGAUAAAACGUAAUGAGUAACACUUUAUGUCUAUAGACAUUAUUCUAAAUAACAAAUCUGGUUUAUUUGGCGAAGGUAUUUGUUCAUAGAACUCUAGUUUUGUAAUUUAUAGAAGCCUUUUUGUCUGAACAUCAUUAUUUGCCAUGUAAUUAUAAAGUUUCCCUUCUGUUCUAAUUUGUACUUGUUAUUUCUGAAUUUUGUCUGAAUCAUUAUUUUCAGAGUUUCUUAAAGAAUGUAUUCGUGUCAUUUACUUUUUGGUUUUGUCUUUGCAAGAUCAAUUAUUUUGUUACAUUUAAUAAUGUACUAAUAUGUACAACAAUGUAGUAAUCAAA